GAAAGAAAAACAAACGUAGAAAUGAAGAUGUGUGGUGCCAGCUGUUCAUACGUGCGACAGAACAAGAAUUAACAAUACAGAUUGCUUAUAUAGGUAUUGUUUUAUAACCUAGGGAAGCAAUAGAGCUUUGCAGACGGUUAUAAGCGUUAACAAAGUAAAGGAAAUAUAGAAUCGUUUCGUUUUUAAGAAAAUACUGAAGCAAAACUGAAAUGAUGGGAAAAGAUUAUUACAAAGUCCUCGGUAUCUCAAAAUCGGCGAGUGAAGAUGAGAUUAAAAAAGCUUACAGAAAACUUGCUUUGAAAUACCAUCCUGACAAAAACAAGAGUGCAAGCGCUGAGGAAAAGUUUAAAGAGAUUGCUGAGGCUUAUGAAGUACUUAGCGACCCUGAGAAAAAGAAAAUGUAUGACACUCAUGGAGAACAAGGGUUGAAUGGUGGUAUGUCAAAAGAUGGGGACUCUUACUCAUAUUCCUUCCAUGGGGACCCGAAAGCAACAUUUGAAGCGUUUUUCGGCACUUCAAACCCAUUUGCGAGCUUUUUCGGAGGCCAGAACGACGUUGAAGACAUGAUGUUUGAAAAUUCGGAUGGUUCAUUUGGUCAAGGAGGUGAUGGGAUGCACUUUGGACCAGGCAGCUUCUUUCAGUCUAACUUUUCAAGGGGCUCCCCAAGGCACAGAGCGGAUAAUGUCUCAUGCCAGUUCUCCCAGCGUGGCCAGCCAACCCAGGACCCUCCAAUACAUUGCGAUUUAAAGUGUUCCCUUGAGGACAUAUACAAAGGAGGUUCAAGGAAAAUGAAGAUUACUCGCAAACGACUCAAUCCUGAUGGAUAUUCAACAAGAAAUGAAGACAAAAUAUUAAACAUCGAUAUCAAGAAAGGCUGGAAGGAAGGAACAAAAAUAACGUUCCCAAAAGAAGGCGAUGAAAAACCGAACACAAUCCCCGCUGAUAUUGUGUUUACAUUGAAAGACACAGAGCAUGACAAGUUUAAAAGGGAUGGCAGCAACAUUAUAUAUACAGACACUGUUACAUUAAAACAGGCUCUUACUGGAUUUACAGCAAUGAUCCCAACACUGGACAACGGUCGUAACAUCCCGUUACCUUGUACUGAUAUCAUUAAACCAGAUACACAGAAGCGAAUAAGAGGAGAAGGGCUACCAUUACCCAAGCAGCCGCACAGAAGAGGCGACCUGCUUGUCAACUUUAACAUUGUAUUCCCAGACUACCUCACACGGCAGAACAAAAAUGUUUUAAAAGAUGUCCUACCGUAGAAACGCUUUGUAUUUAUGCGAUGUUUAAAUUGCCUAUAUUGGUUGUUACAGUUAUUAUAUUUAAUAUUUUAGUAUUCAUAUUUUAAUCAAAGUUGUUUUGUUUGUGCAAUACUGUGCGCAAAAUACUGAAUCCUUGAAUUUGUGUUCUUUUACCAAAAUAUUUCACUACUAACUACAGAUUAUAAAUGUUGACAAAGCUUUAGUUUGAGCGUUAUGAAUCACAAAUCCUGCUUUGUUGCAUAUUGUUUAUUGCUUAGUGGUGGUAUGAGUAACUGUAUUACGAGUUUUUGGACGAGCGAUUUUGUUCUCUUUAUGUUAAAUAAAAAAACUCUUAUUAAAUU